AUGGGCGUGUGUGAGUCCAUCCAAGCAAAGAGAGCUGGCGAAGGCCUUUUCAUAUCAAAGAAAAUCGACAAAGAAUUGAAACCUAAAGAUAUCGGAACCAUGGAACAAAAGUUGCUACUGCUCGGACCAGGUGAAAGUGGAAAGAGCACAUGUCUGAAGCAAUUGAAGUAUGUUUACGUAUCCAUUGAAAUCUAUUUGUAUGUGAAGGUUUGCUAUCCCUCUCAGGAGUAUACUCGACAUUUUCGACCUGGUUUAUAUGAUUGA